AUGUACUUUGAAUGUCCUUGCUCUUUUAGAAAAGAAUUAGAAUAAGAGAGUUAAAUCAUUCGACACAUUGAUAGUUGUUAGGAAUUUAAUAGUGACAGUCCCCUCUGCAAUAUGUACAAAAGAGGAAAUGUUGAAGAAAUACCAAUUGAACAACUAGUAACCUUCUUAUGCGAUCUAAAAUUACAAGUUGAGAGAAUAGAGAAUGUCUUAAAUAGAAGUAUAACAAAAUAAUUAUGCUUUAUAGGAGGCUAUAGAAAAUAAAUAAUACCAAUUAUUGAAGACUUAAAUUUUGAUCAUUCUUCCAAAUAGAAUUCCAGUUCUCAAAUCAAAUAAAAUAAUGUUGCAGUUAAAUAAAAUAGUAUUGUACUAAGAUUUCGUUCAAAAAACAAAUCAAAUGUGUAAUAGCCAUUUAAAAUUGAUUUAGGAGAUCUGAAUUAAAAUAAUAAUAAAACUUCUUCUUCUCUUUUCUCACCUCAUCAUUUUGAAGAUGAUAAAAGUUCAAAUAAUCUAACAACUCGUGAACCAAAUAGUAUAAUUUAAGAACAAUCAAAAAUUAAUAGUUUCUAACAAUAAGAUUAAAAACUAGCAUGUGAAGCUUGUAGAAAACCCUUUUAUUUUAAUCAAGAUUUUGGAAAACUAUGGUUCUUAGAGAAUUGUGGACAUGUCAUGUGUAAAUUUUGUAUUCAUCGAUUGGCAAGAGAAGAUUAUAUUGAAAAUGGUGGAAAAAUUAUGUGUAAGGAGAUUGGAUGCAAUGCUUAUAUGAGACAAUUCGAACUAAAAGAAGUACUUGGAAUUGAUAUGUUUAAUGAUUUGGAUAAAAGAUUAGCACUUAAAAAAUAAAAUAUAGUUGAAUGCAUUAAAUGCCAAUUUCAAUUCUCCUUUGAUAAGGACACUUCGUAGGAAUUAGAUAAAGGUUAAUAGGGUAAAAAUAUCAGUGGUGAGGCUUUAAUUAAGGAUAAUAAUAGAUUUAUUUGUGAAUAAUGUCAGACUGAACAAUGUAGAGAAUGUAAUGCGGUUCCAUAUCAUAUUGGUAUGACUUGUUAAUUAUACAAGAAUAUGUAGUAUAAAAAUAAAUGUAUUCUUUGUGAUUUGCCUUGUGAAGGAAAAGUCUGUAAUAAAGAGUAUUGUUAAAGGAGAAUUUAAAGAUUGUGUCAAAAUACAUUAGAUUGUAGUCAUAGUUGUUAUGGAGUCUAGGGAGAAGAAUGCGUAUGUUUACUUUGCUCUAAUUAAGAACCAAACGACUAUUGUAAUAUCUGUUUUACUGAACCCUUAAAGUUUGGUCCCUGUGUUAAAACAGAAUGCGGUCAUAUCUUCCAUGAAGAAUGCAUUUUGAAAAAAUUAGAUGCUAAAUGGGUACAACCUAGGAUUUCGUUUUAAUAUUGUACAUGUCCUAUAUGCAAGAAAUGGUUGAAUGUCAAGCAUCAAAAGAUUUAGUUAAAAUUAAAUGAAGCUUUAUAAUUAAAAUCAUAGAUAUAGGAACUAUGCUUAGAAAGAUUAGAUAUAGAAGGAAUGAAAUAAGCACAAGAAUUAAGAGAUCCUAAAAGUUAUUAUUAUUAAAACCCUUAAGAAUUUGGAAUGGAUAAGUUUUGUUUUUAUGAAUGUUUUAAAUGCAAUAAUCCUUAUUUCGGAGGAAUCAAAAAUAGUUAAGCAGGUGCGGAGAACUAUGGCAGAAUCUAAUUCAAUAAGGAAGAUCUAAUAUGUUCAGGUUGCUGCCCCAUCUCUUUUGAAGCUAAAUGUAAUAAGCAUGGUUAUAAAUACGUUGAAUUUAAAUGCAGAUUCUGUUGUUCUGUUGCUGCUUGGUUUUGUUUGUAUUUAUCAAAUCUAAAUUUAGAGGAAAAAUCCAUUAUUGUGAAACUUGCCAUAGUGGAAGCAAUCCGAACAUCAACAAACCUUGUCCUGGGCCAGAAAAAUGUCCAUUAGGUAUUGAUCAUAUGCCUACUGGACAGGAAAAUGCCUUGGGAUGCGCACUUUGUAGAACUAAAUGAUUGG